AUGUAUCAGGUAGCAGCAGUUCUUAUAGAAAAUGGUGCAUCAUUGACUGCCACUACCAAGAAAGGUUUUACGCCGCUGCACUUGGCAGCAAAAUAUGGUAACAUGAAAGUUGCAAAGUUAUUGCUGCAGCACGAUGCACCGCCGGACGCGCAGGGUAAAAAUGGGGUGACGCCAUUGCACGUGGCAAGUCACUACGAUCACCAGAAUGUGGCUCUGUUAUUACUCGAUAAGGGUGCAUCUCCACACGCUGCCGCCAAGAAUGGGCACACACCACUACACAUCGCAGCAAGAAAAGAGCAAAUGGACAUCGCAUCUACUUUGUUGGAGUAUGGUGCACAAGCAGAUGCUGAAAGUCGCACCGGAUUUACUCCACUGCAUCUGGCUUCACAAGAAGGUCAUGCGGAUGCAGCAUCUCUGCUAUUAGAGCACGGUGCAGUAGCCGACAAAGCCUCUAAAAAUGGACUUACGCCACUACAUUUGUGUGCGCAGGAAGACAAAGUCAAAGUCGCUCAAAUAUUACUUAAAAAUGGAGCAAAAGUUGAUGCUGAAACAGCGCAAGGAUAUACACCUCUGCACGUGGCAAGCCAUUAUGGUCAAGCCAACAUGGUGAGAUUUUUGCUAGACAACGAAGCAGAUGUCUCUGCUCGUACAUCUAUAGGCUAUACUCCUCUGCAUCAUGCCGCUCAACAAGGACAUUCACAUAUUGUCAAUAUUCUUCUUGCCAAUAAAGCUCAACCAAACACAGUAACUGACAGCGGUCAAACACCAUUGGACAUUGCACAAAAGUUAGGUUACAUCAGCGUUCUAGAGGCGCUGAAAGUUGUAACUGAUCCCAAGGCUUCCAAAGUAACAUAUGCUAAUGAUGAAAAAUAUAAAGUUGUAGCUCCUGAAGCCAUGCAUGAAGCAUUCAUGUCAGAUUCGGAAGAAGAAGGAGGAGAAGACACUAUGAUGACGGAUCAGCCAUACAGAUACUUAACAGUGGAUGAAAUGAAAUCUCUUGGAGACGACUCACUGCCCAUGGACGUUACUGGGGAUGAACGCAUAGAUUCAAACCGUAUGGUCACCAGUGUAGAAUCGGCAAUUCUAGGACCUCACUCUGCUAUGGAAGAUAGCAUUAGUCCCCAGCAUAUUGGACAAACUUAUGCAGAACAUUACAUUAAAAAUGUGGAUAAUGUCGAUAUUAGUUCACAACCAGUUCACGUUGGUUUCCUGGUAUCGUUCUUAGUGACGCACGAGGUGGAGCGAUGCGUGGAUGUCGCCACAGUGGCGUACGCGUCAUAG